AGUCGCUCACAGUUGGCACCCAGGAUCCAUGAUGCUUUGGGGCAGGCGGAGAGGGGCAGAGUGAGAGGAGGUUACUGGCUGAGUUGGGCGAAGAAAGAAAGAAAGAAAGACGAACGCACUAGAAAGAAAGCAGCGAUGAAAGAGAGGACAUAAAAAGAACAUGAAAGAAGGAAAUUGCCAUUAAACACACGACCAGUUAGUUGCUCUCUUCUCUUCUUCAAUUUCAUCUUAAAUCCACUCCAGUUCCUCCACCCUGAGGGAGCGCUCUGGUUCUGUCCUUUCUUGCUUGACACACACAAGAAGAAAAAGAAGAGGUUCCAUUGGUCCUGGCGCACACACACCAGGUAGUCCUGCUUGUAUCUUUCUUCCGUGCUGCCCUUCAGCGCCGCCAUGACGCUGCUGGCCUCCGAGAGGUCACUCCUCAUCCGGAACAAGUUCCGCUCAGUGCUGCAGUUGAGGAUUCAGAACCGAAGGCAGAGUCAGAUCAAUGCAGACUCGGGCUUGAAAUCAACUAGUUCCCCUAAAAAAGAACAAAAAGACAAGAGUGAAGCUCUGCGUCUAAGUGACAAUGUUGCCGGAAGACAUCAUCAGAUGCCCCCUAGUGGAGUCACUGCUGUAACUGUGCAAGAGAAGAGCGAGUCCAGGGCCUCAAGGCAAAAGAAGGCUCGUCGAGACCUCAGAGGGGGGAUCCAAGAUCCACCCGCACCUGCGGAGCCCAAAGACAAACCACACCUUGAGAACCGUGCCGUCUCUUUCCCGCUGCCUGCAGAUGUCUUCGAAGGCGACAUCUCGUCCUGCUCCUCGUCUUCUUCGUCGAGCGAGCAACACGUCGUUCCCCAACCGGCGGCCUCGGCCUUCACAUCACCAUCGGGCCUCUCAGAUGAGCAAUUGCUGAGUGACUUGUCAUCUGUGGGCCCGCCCCUCAACCACAGUCCAGUUCGCACUCAUUCCGGUUUGGCAUUGCUCCCGGCAACCGAGGGCAUCCGACCGCCGACGAGCGUCCUGCUGAGCGAAAGUAACUCCAUGGCAACCAUGAGUCGACCAAACGGGAUCUUUCUGAUCUCCCAGACCACGCCCCUGCUGCCAAAGACAGCUCGGCCUCCCAGUCCUGCCUGUUCCUCUUCCCUGACGCCUGCCUUUAACCUCAACCAUCUUGCUCGCUCACGGAAACCACGGGAAAACAAACCCAAGAUGAAGAAACUCAAGUAUCACCAGUACAUUCCUCCCGACCAGAGGGGGGCGUCUGGGCCUGGAGGGGGAGGAGCCAAACCGAGGAGCCCUCCUACCCAGCCAUUAAACCCGGCAGGUUCUCAGCUCCUCAAGCAGCAACAGGUCUGUCUGCAGCUGCAAAUCCUUCAGCACCAACAGCAGCAGCAGCAGCAGCAAUUCACUGUCGUACCCAGUAGAGAACAGAAUUCAUCUGGAGCUCUGCCCCUGAACCCUCAACCUGUUCCUGCAACCACCAACCACACGCCAAAGGACACAAACAAUGCGUCUAAACUCGAGCUCCUCCCUGCAAAUCUGGUGGAUCUCAAAGUGUCAGAGCUGAGGCAGCAGCUGCGUAAGCGAGGCCUCCCUGUCUCCGGCACUAAGCCUGCUCUGUUGCAGCGCCUUCGUCCCUUCCAGCUCCCCCCCUCACGUGUCACUCCUGUUCCCCUCUGCCAGCUGGGGGGCGGCACGGAGCCCCUGAAUCCCUCUCACCCGCUCCUGGCCCACCACAGCCCCAGCUCCAGCUGCAGCUCUGGAGAUUCACCUGGAAGCAGCCCGAACCAACAGAUGUACAUCCAUGAUCACGGAGUCCCGAAUGGCAUUGUAAAUGUUGCCCUGAAUUGCUUCUCCAAUGAUCUCUCCGUUAGUCUGUCUGGUGAACAGUGUGGUCCUAUCAAUGCGGUGUUCCUGGCUCCUGCCUGUACCACCUCUGAAACUCCAAGUCCCAAUUUACCCAUGUCAUCCUCCUCGCCCCUGCAGUGCGGUACCACCUGGAGAACUGAGCUCGGUGUGGAGUUUGACAUGAAAGAGAGGAUGAAGUGCAGGGCAAGAGAUUCCUCUGCAAACGCUGUCAAUGAAUCGUGUGCUAGAUCCCUUCAUCCAUUCCUGCAACAGGAACCAGGAUGCACGAGAGGGAACCGGGAAACAGAUGGAGAAACAGAGGUGUUGUUUACACAGGUGUUCUGCUCCCAGCCGUGUCCCAGCGAUAUGAUUGACCGGGACUUUGAGUUGCCAGUGGAGAUCACUGCAAGUCCUGGCCAAAACUCGCCUGGCAUUCGUAGCUUGGAGGAGGAGCUGCAGGAGGCCAUCCAGAAAGUACAGCUGUACCCUCGACAGUCGAUAGAUGACAUUCUGGAUGAGCCCAUUGUUUCUGUUGACUCUGUCAACGGCUCUAUUGACAAUUCACUUAUCCCGUCAUCUCCUCCUCCUCCUCAAGUCGAUCAGUCCCAGAAAUCCCAGCAGCACUCCAAGGAUAGUAACUUCCUGCCUCUUUGCUCCUCGCUCCUCCUGGAGCUCCCCCCGUCUCCCGCUGUGAUCUCCCCGAGUCACAUCACCCCUGCGCCGGCGCCUCCACCCAUUUGUACCUCCCCUCCGCUGCAGUCCACCAGAAAGUCGCGGAAGCGGCGAGCCCAGGCCAUGUUCGACGCCGCCGAAAUCCUGGAGACUCUGACGUCUGGUUUGCGACCGAUCACUCCGCCGGCGCCUCCGUUUGCGGAGACCGACUUUGGUCUGGAUUCGGAUCUCAACAUCAAUCGAGUGUUGGAUCUGAUGAUAGAGCAGUGGUGAGGAUGUGUGUGGAGAGCUUUGUGCCAAUUUGUGUAGAAUCCAACAUCCAUCCAUCCACCCACUAACCCUUUUCUGUUCUUCCAUCCAUUAUCAUUUCAUGCAUCUUUUCUUCCUUCCUUCAUUGUGCUACCUAGUACUCAGAAAUCUCAUUCUUCCUUCAUUCGUUCCUGGAAUCCCUGCAAUUUAUACCAAACAAUCCAUCCAACCUAGAGUAUCUCCUUCCCUACCUUCCUUCCGUCUUUCCAAUACAUGCGUUCUUCCUUUUAUCUUCCCUCCCUAGCCAAAAAUCUUUUCCUCUCCCUCUUUUCCACUACAUGCAGCCUUCCUUUCAUCCAGUAUUUCUUAAAACCCAACAAAUCCUCACCCUUCCUUCCAGUGCACAAGUUCUUCCUUUCAUCCUUCCCUAUACAAACAAUUCCUCCAACCUUAACCUUCCCCUCUUCAAAUACAUGCAGCUAUCCUUGUAGCCAACACUCUCUCCUGCCUUCUUCCCUUCUUUCUAUUCUGUCUUCCUACCUUUUGUAGCCAGUUUCCUCCUUCCUUCCACCUAACAAUCCAUCUCCAACCCUCCCUGCCUUCCUUCUUUGAUUCCUUCCGUGUUACCUUUCUCCCUUCCAUUUUAUCAUGUAUCCUCCUUUCCUAUCUUUCCUCUAAUCGGUGAUAUACAGUAUGCAUCAUUCCUUUGUUCACGCCUCUUUUCCUUCUUUCCUUCUACCUUCUAUCAUCCAUUCUUACUCUCUCUUCUCUUUGCUGGAUGGAAAGGAAUCCAUCCAUCACUGCUGUCAAUCAUUGACUCCACGCAAUGUGGAGAGUUUGAUUCAUUGCAGUAUUGAACUAAAAAAGCUGUGAUGGGAGAAGCAUACGCACACAUACACAUGCACACACACACAGGGUGCCCCCCCCCCCCCCAAAAUAUACUCGCUCUUUGACUGGCCACUACUCAUAUAUUUCAUUUUGAUUCAGGUGUUUAUUGAUACCAAUAGGCUAAUGAGUUCAAUUAAAGAAUAUAACAUUACCCAUGAGCCGCUUCUCCUCACUAGGGUCGCGGGCAUGCAUUUAAGAUAAUUUACUCCCAUAAAAGAAAAUAUUAGUCUUCUCCCCCAAGUGUAGUUUACUGAUUCCUGUGUGUUCACCAAUUUUCAAACGGUUUCCGCCAUUUUCCAAACACAGCUGAUAAGGUGGCCCAGUGGAUUCGACAACUAACUCGCGUUGGUUUUGCACCGUGAACCUUAUGUUUGAGCUAUCACCAUGAUUCAAAAAAAUCCAUUGGUAUGAGGUGUGGGGAAUGUGCAAAGAAUUUCAACACAACCUCUUUGCCCAACUCAUUUGCUUGGAUGUGUUGCACUUACGUACUUCCUGUAGCACUUAAUGACAAAUCUUUCUUUAAAAAUGAAUUGUACAAUGGCCAGUUUGCAGCGUUUCUCUUGGCCGAACUGCUUCUAGUACUAUAUAUAUUGAUGUUAUAUAUAUAUUUUUUGUCCAAUCAGAUUUCAGCCUCUAUGUGCUGCCAUGUCAAUCUAAUCUGCCUGGGGUCUUCAAAAUCAGUAGUGCUGGCUGAUGUAAAUUAAAGUAGCAAUGGGACAAUUUCUUGAACCAAUAGGGUUCCAAAUUUGCCUCACAUAGUCAGCCUGAUUUCAAUGGGUGACAUCAACAUUUUUCCAUCCUUCUUAUUGGUUGGUAGGAGCAAAACUUGUUUCGGCCAGCUUCGACCAGAAAACUUAAGAUCAACUUCUGUAUCGAUCUGCACACAAUAACAUAUUCAUUCCCUCCUAAAACAAAAACAAAAAAUACAUGAGUAAAAGGCAGUCAAAGAGUGAGUAGUUUUUUGGGACACCUCGUACACUCCUAGUAAAUACAGAAGGUUGUUUAAAAGCACUUGGACUCGACAAGAUGAAACAAAAAGAACAACACACGGGUGGAUUGACAGGCUUCGCAGCGCCAUGUUUGCAGAGCCACAUCUAAAGCAAACCUGGUCCUGGCACACAAACACAAACAUGCUUCCAACAUGGCAGCACUAGGACAACUUUGCUUUCUGACUUAUCUCCCUCACCCCCCUCACUGCCGUGGGCCUCGAUCUGGGUGCUGUUAACUCAGCCAAUGAGUUGCGGCCAUUCACAAAACCAGCUAUGUGGCGUGUAAAAACCAGACGGGGCGCACACAGCUUGAGUGUGGCACCAGACUUUCAUUUCCAUGCCAGACACACAGUCGGCAUGCAAAGAGAGCGAAAGAGCUGGCAAAAGCUACAAAACAGGCAGCAUGUUUAGGAGAGAGGGAUCGUGCAAACAUGCAUUGAACAUUCUGAACUGUGUGCAACCGUGCUCUAAACGCUGCUUUCUGUCCCUGUGUGUCAACACAAACCUUUUCCAUGUAUUGCCAAAUGCACCUCUUAUUAGUUUGCUUACAGUUAGUGUGUGGUACGAAAGGACAGUGGUUCUCAAACUGCGGUCCCUGGGAUGAGCAACAUAAUAUCAAUUUAAAAAAAUCUGAGCUACAUUUGGGGACCGGCACACCAAUAAAACACUAAACCAAUCACUCCCAACGUUAGCUAUGGGCCAAUUAAAAUAUCGUUAGCCUAAACGCAACAAAGUCAACAAACAAAAAUAGUCCAGUUGCCUCGAUUCAACUCUUGUGGAUUAACAUGACCUGGAUGACUGAGAAUCUAUACAAGAAAAAAAAAAGUGAGCCAAUGCUGGGUUACUCAGACCGAGCGCAUUGGGUCGAGGAUUUGACUCGCAUGUUGGGUCAAGAUUCCGACGCAACAAGGGGUGAUAACUACCCAUAGUUAAAGCUACCAAAAUAUGGAUUAACAGGCUAUCUCUGGUUAAAAAUGCAAAUUUUAUCAUCAACAUUUUCUAAGCAUGUUACAUUAAAUUUACUUCAACUUCAGCAAACUGUAAUUUGAUAUAAAUGACUAUUAAAUGAUGAAACAACUAAAUACUUAUCCAAACAUUCUUUCAUUGGUUAUUAAAUACAGUUUAAUUGUCAUAACACAAAACAGUGUAAAAGAUAUUUUCGAUUAUAUAUAUAUAUAUAUAUAUACCUUAUUCUUGCAUUCCAUUCAGUUGUGCUCUCAUGAGCGUCACAAUAUGUGAAACAACUCCCCUCUCAUUUCAAAAACAAUUGACUGAAUGAAUUCCCAAUGAAUUAUUCUACUUACAGCAUAGCCACUAGACCAAAACGGCUCACUUACUUUAAAUAAGUUCCACUCAUGUGUCAUUUGACAUGUUUAAUGUGCUCUGUACGUUUACAUGCAAUGGUCAAUAUAAAAAUAUAUAUAUAUAUAUUUAAAUGCUCUGGAGGAGCAUCACACACACAUGAUGCUGUAUGUUUGGCGCAAGGCAGCACUGUCUCGCAACCUUUAUCAAGCCAAGCCACACCUUUUAUAUGAGAAAAAUCUCACAACACACAAACUAUAUACAGUGAACCUUGUUUAUCGUGCAGGAUACAUUCUAGGCCUACUGGCCUACCCCGAAAAUAAACAUUUUUACCAAUGGGCAAAAAAGGUUCAACCUAACCAUAUAUAUAUUCAGGGUACACGGGCUAAACAGAAAUGAUCAUAGAUGUCAUAGUGAGUAUAACCCUUCAAACAACUGCUAGUUUACCACAUACGGAGCAACAACACUUACAAAUAGCAUACUGCAAUACUCACUGGCACAUAUUCUCUCUGCUCUGAGGGAGCAAGGAAUGUCAAAACAGCAUAAUAUUGUGCUGUAAUACAGUGAAGGAGCGUCCCAUUCCUCUUGCUCUUUAUUGCGCUGCAUUUCUUCUAGUAGACCUCGGUGCUGCCUGGCAUGUUGUGGCACAACGUGGUACUACACUGAAGGUGCACAACUGAUUCUUGCCUACACUGUAUACUGUAAAACACCCGAAAAAGGAUCGCUUAAAAAUGUAGCGGGGGUUCACUGUAUGCUGAAAUAAUAAUGCCUUAACCUAUGUCGACUAAUCGGCUCAUAUGUACAUGAAAUUAUAUUUUGCACUCAAUUGGCAGCAGAGAUGUCUAAUUAAAGCCCCGCAUUUUCUCAAUAAGAGUGAUUCUCAAAUUGUGGUACGCAAGCUCCCUCUUGUGGUACACGGAAAGCUAAAUGCCUCACUAUAGUUCAGUUGUAUUUAACUUUUUAAUACAAUACAUUUGCAUGUAAUCUUUAAGAACGGUUUGCUUUUUUUACAUUCAACAUUUAACUUUUAUGUGCAAUACAUUUUUAUCGAUUCAUUACUUAAGUGCAUUUUUUUAUUUUUUUUUUUCCUACAUUUAAGCGCAGUGUUAACAUUCAAACUGCAUAAUGUUACAGUGGAUUAUUAACUAUACUUCGUAGGAAUUAAACCUCCGCCUUGUAUUUGAUGAACAAUUAGGCCUUCUACGGCUUCUGUAUUUGAAUGUUGUCCAUGAUGGAGAGCUAAGUACCUUUUCAGGUGGUACUUGGUGUAAGUUUGAGAACCACUGCUCUAUUACAAUACUGCACUGAGUGCAAUAUGACAGCCACUGACAAAUGUGAGAGGAAGUUAUGUUCUUGUGAUUUCAUUAUUAUUAUUAUUAUUUUUUUUUAGAAUGCAAAUUUUACCGUGUAGGUCUGUGAAACAAUCAGCAGUAGAAUUGUCUGCGAAGGUGACACAGUCCUACGUGUUAAUUUUCACUCAUUGCACAGCUUUUAUGACAGAGACAAAGAACAAUGCAGUUGCAUUUGCACUGGUGGUUAUGAAAAUCAUAAUCAUUUGUUUCUGCAUGUAAAAACAGGAAAAAAAAACAAAAACAUUAUGAAUAAAAAAAGAAACUGGCAGGAGAGUGAGAUGCUACCUCCUGUGACUUCCAGCGCUUUUUAUUUUUUGUGGCCUACAUCGUCUCGUUCCAUGUUGUUUUACCAGCAUAAUUCUAAUUCUAAUGAAGUAUUUCCCUGUUUCCGAAACAUGAAACAAUUUGCCAGCUUACACGUUUGAUAUGUGUUCAUUUCAAGCUGGAUGUCACAAAACGAGAGUGGAGGAACAUUUUGCUGCUAUGAAACCAAAAUGUGUUUGAAUUUAUUUAUUCUGUAACUUAUUGGUGCCAAAAUAUGCAUUUAAAGCCUUGAGAAAAUUAAAGUCUUAAUAGAUUUC